UUCCCUGUGUAGCUUGCUGCUAGCAGCACUAGCUCACACAGAGAGAGAGAGGAGCGGACAGGGAGCCCGCUGCUGCUUCUGCUGCUGCUGCCACCUCAACAUGGAGUAGAGAGACCUCCAGCGUUUACUGCUAACAAGCGGAGCCCACAGAGAGGAACACAAGACGGCCUCUGUCUCACUUACCCCUCGACGUCCUCCUCAAAUGACCCAGAGGCGACGUUUUCUCGUAAAACACGAAGAAAAAGCCCUAAAAAAAGAUGGCGAACGACUCUCCGGCUAAAAGUCUAGUAGACAUAGACUUGGCUUCAUUGCGGGAUCCAGCUGGGAUAUUUGAAUUGGUGGAGGUGGUUGGAAAUGGCACCUAUGGACAAGUAUACAAGGGACGACAUGUCAAGACUGGACAGCUGGCUGCCAUCAAAGUCAUGGACGUCACAGAGGAUGAAGAGGAGGAAAUUAAACUGGAGAUCAAUAUGCUGAAGAAGUACUCCCACCACCGAAACAUAGCCACCUACUACGGUGCUUUCAUUAAGAAGAGCCCCCCGGGACACGACGACCAGCUAUGGUUGGUGAUGGAGUUUUGUGGAGCUGGUUCGAUCACAGACCUGGUGAAGAACACCAAGGGGAACCAGCUGAAGGAAGACUGGAUCGCCUACAUCUCCAGAGAGAUCCUUAGGGGUCUGGCCCACCUACAUGCCCACCACGUCAUCCACCGUGACAUCAAGGGCCAGAACGUCCUGUUGACUGAGAACGCCGAAGUCAAACUAGUUGACUUUGGCGUGAGUGCUCAGCUGGAUCGGACAGUGGGGAGGAGAAACACCUUCAUCGGGACCCCUUAUUGGAUGGCCCCCGAGGUCAUCGCUUGUGACGAGAACCCAGACGCUACGUACGAUUACAGAAGUGAUCUCUGGUCUUGCGGUAUCACAGCUAUUGAAAUGGCUGAAGGAGCACCACCACUUUGUGACAUGCACCCAAUGCGUGCGCUCUUCCUCAUUCCAAGAAACCCUCCUCCCAGACUCAAGUCUAAGAAAUGGUCCAAAAAGUUUUUCAGUUUCAUCGAGGGCUGUCUGGUGAAGAACUACACGCAGCGCCCCCCGACAGAGCAGCUGCUGAAGCACCCCUUCAUCCGAGACCAGCCCAACGAGAGGCAGGUCCGCAUUCAGCUUAAAGACCACAUCGAUCGUACCAAGAAGAAGAGGGGAGAGAAGGAUGAGACAGAGUAUGAGUACAGUGGCAGUGAGGAGGAGGAGGAGGAUCCCCCAGAGCAGGAGGGAGAGCCCAGCUCCAUUGUCAAUGUGCCAGGUGAGUCAACGCUGCGCCGUGACUUCAUCCGCCUGCAGCAGGAGAACAAGGAGCGAUCUGAGGCGCUCCGCCGCCAGCAGCUCCUCCAGGAGCAGCAGCUCCGGGAGCAGGAGGAGUACAAGCGCCAACUACUGGCCGAGAGGCAGAAACGCAUUGAGCAGCAGAAGGAGCAGAGGAGGCGGCUGGAGGAGCAACAGCGACGUGAGCGGGAGAUGAGGAGGCAACAGGAGCGCGAGCAGCGACGCCGCGAGCAAGAGGACAAGAGGCGUGUUGAAGAGAUGGAUCGUAGACGUAAAGAAGAGGAGGAACGCCGGCGGGCUGAGGACGAGAAGAGAAGGAACGAUCGUGAACAGGAGUACAUCAGACGUCAGCUGGAGGAGGAGCAGAGGCACCUGGAGAUGCUGCAGGAGCAGCUGCUCCGUGAACAGGCCAUGUUGCUGGAGUUCAAGUGGCGGGAGCUCGAGGAGCAGCGCAAGGCCGAGCGACUCCAUAAGCGCCUGCAGCAGGAGCAGGCCUACCUGCUGUCGCUCCAGCACAAACAGCCGCCCGGCGACAAGACCAAGCUCCCUUCAGACCAUAGCAAACCUCUACAGAGCUCCACCCUGCCCCCUGACAGAGUCCUCGCCACAACCCCCAAAGCUCAGGUCCUUGACUGUGCUGCUUCUGCAGCGAGAGGCUCAUGUGAUUCCUCCAGAGCCCUUGAGACAAUCCCCUCAGACAGCCCUAAAUCCCAGGCAGCAGAGCCAGAGAAGACUGACUCUGAUGAGCCCUGUCCCAGCCAGCUCUCAGACUCCCCCAGCCCCUCUCAGACUGAAACCCCCCCUGACUCUGAACCUCCCCAGGCAGAAAGCUCGGAGCCCGAUAGGCCUGCAGAGCCCGUCAGUCAUCCUCCUCAGCCUAUCAGAGAGGCCGACGAGCGCUACCGUAAGAACAUUCAGGGCUCCCCUCAGAUCGCCCCUCCUCCCAAGCAGCCCCCUCUGCCUCCCCGCUCCUCUGAACCGUUCUCCAAUGGCGGCUCCUCCUCCGAGGCCGCCGCCAUGCACCGGCCCAUGGAGCCUCAGGUCCAGUGGUCCCACCUGGCUGCUCUAAAAAGCAGCAACAGCGCCGCCCCCUCUCCUCCUCCUCCUCCUCUUCCGCCCGUGGUCUCUCGCUCGCAGUCCUUCAGCGAGCCCGGCGGCGUGCCCUCUAGCUUUGCACAACUCCACCUGCGCUCCCAGGACCCCCACCAUCACCACCACCCAUCACCCGCACGCACUGACCCCCAGCCCCAACCUCCCCUCCACCACCCUCAGGCCCACACUAGGGCCGAACACCAGGUCGGCAGCGAGGAAGUACCGCCCAAGGUACCAGUGAGGACAACAUCCAGGUCUCCAGUACUUUCGCGCAGAGAGUCCCCUCUGCCGUCACAGCCCGGCAUCCAGGGUGGACAGAGAAAUGCUGCCGGUAAUGUGGAGCAGCGGCCGCUGUGGGACCGAGUGGAGAAGCUGCAGCCUCGGCCAGGCAGCGGCAGCUCCUCCGGCUCCUCCAACUCCAGCUCCCAGGCCAGUCCUGGUGACCGCUUCAGGCCACGCUGUGAGUCCCCUGCUUCCUCCAAAUCUGAAGGAUCGCCUCUCCAACGGCCUGAAAAUGUUCCCAAAAAACAAGAUGAAAAGAACGUCGCGAGGCCCACUCGACCAGCUGGUGAUGCGGAUCUGACUGCUCUGGCCAAGGAGCUCCGUGCGGUAGACGACGUGAGGCCUCCCCACAAGGUCACCGACUACUCCUCCUCAAGCGAGGACUCGGGCACAACUGACGAGGAAGACGAUGAGGAGGUGGACCAGGAGGCGGGAGAGGAGUCCACCUCAGGAGCCGAGGACUCCAGGGCUGGAUUUUCCCAUGGCUUCCGCAGGAGGCUGAGCAACGGGGAGACGGAGUCGGCUAAGACCAUGCUAGUUGAAGACUCAGAGAGCGACCAAGCCAAUACGCCCUGCAAGGACGGCACGCUGGUCAUCAGACAGAGCACCGCCGACAUAAAGCGGUUGGUCAAUCUCUCCUCCUCCUCCUCUCCCUUGGCUGGCCCUGGUCACGUCCACGGCCAGCCCCAACCCCCCAGCCACGGCAUGGCGGAGAAAAACGGCUUUGCCGGCCGCAUACACCACCUGCCAGACCUUAUCCAGCAGAGCCAUCAUUCCCCUUCCUCCUCCACAACCAUCCCUUCCUCCUCCUCCACCUCCUCUCCCUCCUUCCCCUCAUCAUCUAGCUAUGCCAGUCCUGCCAUGUCCCCACAGAACCCCCUGGACGAUCUCACUGCCAUAGAGUCCCAGUCAGAAAGCAACUCCAUGUCCAAACACAAGUCUUCCUCCUCCUUCACUCCCUUCAUCGACCCUCGUCUUCUCCAGAUCUCUCCAUCCAGCGGCAGCUCCCUCAACAACAUGGCAGCAUUUGGGCCGGACGGACGGCUCGCAGACCCGCUGAGGUCCGACCCGUCCCGUAAAGGCUCAGUGGUCAACGUCAACCCUGUUAACACGCGCCCGCCCAGCGACACGCCAGAGAUUCGCAAGUACAAGAAGAGGUUCAACUCUGAGAUCCUGUGCGCUGCACUCUGGGGAGUGAACCUGCUGGUGGGAACAGAGAGCGGUCUGAUGCUGCUGGACCGAAGCGGUCAGGGGAAGGUCUACCCCCUGAUCAACAGGAGACGCAUCCAGCAGAUGGACGUCCUGGAGGGACUCAACGUCCUGGUCACCAUAUCAGGUAAAAAGAACAAGCUGCGAGUGUAUUACCUGUCGUGGCUGAGAAACAAGAUUUUGCACAACGACCCCGAGGUGGAGAAGAAGCAGGGUUGGGUUAACGUGGGCGACCUGGAGGGUUGCGUCCACUACAAAGUCGUGAAAUAUGAGAGGAUUAAGUUCUUGGUGCUGGCCUUGAAGAACGCUGUGGAGGUGUACGCCUGGGCGCCCAAACCCUACCACAAAUUCAUGGCCUUUAAGUCUUUUGGUGAUCUGGUGCACAAGCCUCUGCUGGUUGACCUGACGGUGGAGGAAGGUCAGAGGUUAAAGAUCAUCUAUGGCUCCUGUUCAGGCUUCCAUGCUGUGGAUGUGGACUCCGGUGCCGUCUACGACAUCUACCUGCCCACACAUAUCCAGACCAGCAUUCAGUGCCACGCCAUCAUCAUAUUGCCCAACACCGACGGGAUCGAGCUGCUGGUGUGUUACGAGGACGAGGGCGUCUACGUCAACACCUACGGGCGCAUCACCAAGGACGUGGUGCUGCAGUGGGGAGAAAUGCCAACUUCAGUGGCCUACAUUAGGUCAAACCAGAUCAUGGGCUGGGGUGAGAAGGCCAUAGAGAUCCGCUCAGUGGAGACGGGCCACCUGGACGGCGUCUUCAUGCACAAGAGAGCCCAGAGACUCAAGUUCCUUUGUGAGAGGAAUGACAAGGUCUUCUUCGCCUCCGUGCGCGCUGGAGGUGCCAGCCAGGUGUACUUCAUGACCCUGGGACGCUCUUCCCUCAUGAGCUGGUAGUCGACAUCCCACCACUCCAGCCAAAAAAAAAAACGACGACCAUACCUAAGCAGUGACCAACAGAUGACGAUUGUGACUAUGACCGACGACGAUGAAGAAGAGAACAGCCCCGAGUCGUCUCGACGGAGGGAACAGCUUCCUCUCGCCUGCUCGGGGCAAAACAAACAACGGAUUGGACUGUAAUCAUCAAAAGAAGCUAGGGGGCGGGUGUGCGUUCGGGGGGGGGCGAGGAGGUGCGUUCUGUUUGCGAGUGUAAACUAUAUUACGACAACAGAAACCCCCACCCCCGCGACCCCAACCUUUGAGCCGAUCCCCUCCUCCUCUUCCUCUGCAGGACGUGGGAUCUGUUGCCUGUUGAUCUUUAUGUGUCAUAGUAAAACUUUGCAUCGUGUAUGUGUGUGAAUGGAGGAAAAACACUGAGCAUGUGAACGACUGAAGGGACGAUAAAGAGGCUAAACGCGGCUGUUACUGUAUCGGAGAAGGCGAAUACUUUUACGCGGCGCACCUCGAGUGUAGCCGCUUGUAGCUGUGUUUAGUCCCAAGUCCUGUUCAGGUGAAAUUAUCCCCCCACCACGGUAGAUUUCCACGUCAAGCACGUCAUUUAACACUAGUUCACAGCCACAUAAAUAACGCUUGACUUGUAAAUCUGCAUCUUCACUCUUUUUGCCUUCUCUUCCUUAAAGUGAAGAUUUUUUAAGGGACCUUCUUGAUAUAUCCAUUAAAUACAGGGUACUGGAUAUCAGCGUGUACAUACUAACUACAUCUACCUUGUAGGCUUCAGACUCUCCCAGGUUUUACAGACACUAUCUCGACUUUUACCACAUUGCCUCACGUACUGUAGGUUAUGUCGGACAGAAGUAGCCCUGUUUAUGACGCGGCAUGUUGCUUCGACGAAAAUUAACUCCAGUUUUUUCAGACACUGUAUAUUUUGUAUGUGACUUGCUGCACAUAAAUAAAGCAUAAGGAUGCAGGACACACCCAUAGAUGAGUUUUUAAAGGAAAAAUCCACCCUAUUCAUCGAGCAAUUUGCUUCUCUGGUCAAACCGGCUUCUACUGGAAAUAUGAAAACAACCAAAACCACAAAUUAACCCAGAAAUGUGAGACGCAUUACCUAUUUUUUUUCGGGGUGGAUUUUCCCUUUAACAUCAGUCAUAAGUAGGGCUAGGAUAAACUGUGAAUUAGACAUGCAGAAUUAGCAGGUGGCCAUUAAGGUAGCAUGGAGGUGACGGAAAGGGAAUGAAGGCAGUGUGCGUAGAUCUAGAGGAACAUCACACUCCACAAAAAGGAGGAGGAAAUCAGGAUCAGCUGAUUGUCCUCCGUCUGCACGACGUUUGAAUUUCACAUCUACAAUCAUCCAGCUGUUUAUUGAAGGAGACUUUAGCUUCAUGUUUAGCUAAACAGUUGCCUUAUAGAGGGGUCUCCAAACUGCUCGAAAUCCUCUGCAGGUUUUCGACAAGUUAAAAGUGAAGAACUUUUAUGUACUGUAGGAACACUUGAGUCUGAACCAGCCAUGUGAUUCAAUAUUGGACCUCUUUUUUUUGCCGUUUUGGGCUUCAGACAGGCAGUUUGUUUACUCGGUCCAGUCUGGAUUGAAGAGACAAAUACUUUAACUGGAUCAUUAUUCCAUCCCUGAAUUGAAUAUCCUACAUUUUCUUCCCCUCUCAUCCUCUAAAAACCCCCGAAUGACAAGACUUGUUUGUCACUUCAUGUUAAGACAGUCUCAUUCCACUGUUAAAAUGUAGAAUCUGUGUGUAUGUCUGAAUGAGAAAACUAUAUAACGGGACUCUAGGAAUUCGCAAGGUUUCACUCCCCCACCCCCUUCACCGAAACCCCUCUUUGACCCUGCUCUCAGUAAAGGUUGGUGCCUUCACUGUCCAAGGUUGGACCUGCUGAGAGCUGCAGAACACGGGAAUGACAUGCUUUCACUGUCCGGAUCAUGUGUGAAAAGCAAAGAAAGUCACGUUCUAAUAGCAGUGUUACAAAACCACUUCAGACGGCGUGAACUAAGCGGCAUAUUUUUAACUCUGACUUAGUUUUUAGUCUUGUUUCUGCAAUUUUUAUUAUGUAACCCUUCAGAUAAGUAUGCGACUGCAGUGGUUUUUAAAUUGUAAUGCACACACCUUAUGUUGAAAAUGUUUACAGAAGCAAUUGUUUUGUUAAACCAAUGUGCAUCGAUAUGAAUAUUUAUGGUUUAUUUUGAGGGCAGUUUUUUUUCCCUGUUUUUGUAUUUUGUAUUAUUCCCUUUUUGUACUAUCAUUUAGACGUUUGUGUACAGGAAUAAUCUUUUUUGCUCACGUUAUACGAAUUACACAAGUCAAAACGUGUGAUUUCACUGAUUUCCUCUACAUCCUGCAUAGUGUGCACAGUGUGCCCCUGGCUGUGUGGCAGCGUGGAUCAAAUGUUUUCUACCACCCAGGUGCCAGGUGACAUGUUCCCCCCUUCAGACGUCUCUCUGCCAUGCCUCUCUAAUUUAUGUCCUCUCUGUGUGUACUAUGGGAAUUACUGUAUUUUCCUGAAGGUCUUUUUUUCCAUUGAAUAAAAUCAGAAGUAAUUUACA